UUGGUAUGAUGGAUGGCCGUCAUGUGAGUCUCCCCUUUAGUCUUUAUACGCUCUUGCUAAGCAGUCAGUUCUCUUGCUAAGUAGUUAGUUCACUCAUACGAAACACCUCCCAUUCUUCCCUCGUAUCGUGCGACUGUCUUGGCGCUUUAUUUACCGAUUCUUUCGGCUCCCCUUACUUUCUAAUUAUGUCUGGAAUCUGCCGAGUCAACAAGUGUAUCUGGCGUACAUGAUUUUGGAGUAUCUGGGCCCUGAAACGGGGCGGAUGCUUUCAGAUACGCUUGAUAUGUACAGGGAAGACGAAGCCCGGAGGCAGAGAUUGUUUAGAGGCAUGUCCCGGAUAAUGAUUUCUCUCGCGCGGGUUCCCCAGGCGCAUAUUGGAUCCUUCCAGUUUCAUGACGGUGGCACCGUUACACUGACUAACCGACCACUCUCUUGUUCGAUGAUGAUUUCAGAGAACGAUGGGGCGAUCAGGACGAUGCCGAGAAACGAGACUAUCAGCUGCACGGACGCAUUCGUAUCGGACAUGCUCACCUUUCACGAUCACCGCUUCCUGAGCCAGCCAAACGCUGUGUACGACGAGGGCGACUGCCGUGCCCAGAUGGCAGUCAAGGCACUGCUCCGAGUGGUUUCACACAAUUAUAUCAAGCGAGAACUCCGCAACGGCCCGUUCCUACUUCAGCAUACAGACUUCCAUGCAAGCAACAUUCUGGUUGACGAAGACUGGAAUGUCACGGGCUUGAUCGAUCUGGAGUGGAUAUGCGCUCUACCUGCCGAAAUGCUCGCGGUGCCAUACUGGUUGACCGGCUGUGCUGUUGACGGGAUCGAAGGCGAGAGGCUCGACCAGUUCGACCGGGUACGACGAGCCUUCAUGCACAUAUUUGAGGAAGAAGAGCAAGCGGUAAAGGCGAAGGCAAGUAGUCAUGACAUCAAUCUUUCCAAAAUCAUGCACGACAUGUGGGACUCGAAAGGAGUGUGGUUCUGGUAUUGUCUGUCAUCCGUGAAUGCCAUGUACUUCCUUCUCGAGGCGCAUCUGUUACCGCCGAAAUCCCUUUCGCUGGAAGCCGAGAGGAUUGUGUCGAGGUUUUGGAGUAGAGAGUCGGAGGACAUUGUUCGGAUGAAGCUCGCGGACAAGAAGGCCUAUGACGACGAGCUUCGGGAAUUGUUCAGUGGUUGAAUGAUGGUAGGGGCUAUGGCAGAACCUUUCGAGGUCGGCGUUGAUGAGGUGAACAGAUCACGGUAGCAACAUCCUUUCCUUUGCGAUAGUUGCUGCAUCCUCAUCAACACCGCUGUAUUCUCCGGAUAAGUAACCCUCCUUGCUCUGAUCAGGCAUUUCGUCCUUUAGCAAGAGGAUAGGACAAAGUAACUCUCAGUGAGGCAGGCUAGGUAAUAGGACAGGCGUGCUUAAAAAGGAGCUGCUGCAUAGCUAUCUUACCUUGCGAUGCACGCCCCUCGAUGAGUCGUUCGGUAGUAGAUGCAGCUUUUCGCGUGCGACUGGCACCGGCAACUAUUAUUUUUACUCUUAUGGUUC